AUAACUGAAACAGUUUUCUGAUUAUCAGCUUUGUAAAUAAGAGAGUAAGCAGUACAAAUUGUGAAAAGUAGUUAAAUUGAGCUCAAUGGUUCGUAAGCAGGUGAAGAGUGGAGGUGCAGGUGGAGGAACAGGAGGAGGUGCAGGUACAGGUGGGAAUAAACAGUGGGAAUCUGCCCUCACUGCUGCACCACUGGAGGAGGAUGGAUGGAGUGUAUGUGUAUCUAUGGUGGUGUGUAACAGUAAGGAUGAUGAGGUGUGGGUUCGUGCUCUCAGUACAGCAGUUCAACAACCACUCCGCCGAACAUUCACCCUCCUGUCCUGGGAGAAGCUCCUGCACACGAUUAACGAACUAGGAAAUCCAAAGACCAGGAAGGUCAAAGAACUACCAACAUUCUGUGAGGUGAUGGAGGUGGCAAAAUCAGCGCUGGAUGCAGGAGAAGAACUCACAGUGGACCUGCUGGCCAAAUUAGUGAAGGUUCAGCUCCUAACCAUCAAAAGCAACGACCUGCUGAGAAGAUCUACGUUACAAAGAGGUGUGGAGGAGAAGACGAAAGCAGGAUCAGCUUCUUCCGCUAAAGCUUCUGCUAAAGGAGAGAGGAGCAAAAGAGUGGCGGAGGCACCAGCACCCACUAAAGGAACCACGCUGAGACGUAGAGGAGAGGAGGAGAACGUCAGCACGUAUGUCGAUGAUGAACCAGACGACGGUCCUCAGAACUACGUCCUGAUGACGGGACUCCAUCAGCCGCAUCUCAUCUCGGCGUUAGAUUCUCUGGGCGUUCACGUCUCCAACGUCAUCAGACUCAGAUCAGAACCGGUGAGGAGUUCUGAUCCUGCUCAGGAUGUGGAGACGCCCGACACGCCCGAGCAGCAAGAGUCUCAGGCGUCAGUUCCACAGCAGGAGCUGGACGAGUUCUGGGAUCAGCUGGACGGAGUUCUGAACAGCGCCGGGUUCCAGUCCAGACUCUCCGAUAUCGCUAAGCUGGACUACACGGUGGAUCAGAACCUGCAGAGCCGAGACUUCAACAGCACAGAGGAACUGCAGGCAGUAGGUGCUGCGGUGUUUGAUGGUGUAGCGUGUUUGCUGUACGAUAGUCUGGACUGGAGGCGGCAGCACCAGCACUACCUCAACAACCUGAAACUGAUCCACGUACCAACCAUCAGCACGACUGAACCCGACCACGCCACCCAACCGGCCACCCACCACCCCUCCCAGGACGUGUGUGUGUGUGUAUGUUAUCAGGAGUGUGUAGGUGGGAGCGUGGAUGUAGACAUGAGGCUGUACUCGCAUCUCCUGGACCGAAUCCCGUCCGAGAUGGUCUCCGUUCCUCUCGUCCUGCACUGCAUCCUCCAGCAGGUGGAGGCAUCACAACAGGAGGAUCCUGCAGGAUCAGUGGGUUCAGAUCAGGGUUCCGAUCCAGAACGUGAAUUAACGCUGUACAUGCUCUCGGCUGUGAUGAAUCUAGCACGACCCGAUCAGGAGAAGACGAAGUUACUGGAGGAUUUUAAGCUGCAGAAGGAGCAUCUGUGUAAAGAGAAGCAGGAAGGACCCGUCCUACUGCACCAUCAUGAUGAGACAUCAAGGCGACUUCACUUUCUACCUGUGGAUGGAGUUGAUGAUGUGGUAGAUGUUGAAAAGUCCAUGAUGGAAAAGAGCACGGUGUGGAACACUCUGAUGUCCAAACAUCUCAACACCAACAGCCUCAAUGCAGCCCGGAAACACGAGCUUCUCCACUUCUGUUCAUCCGACUCCCUGAGCAGUACAGAAGUCACCAGGCUCUUGCAGAUGUAUGUAUUCGAGAGCAUGCCUCUCACUACAGUCGAUCACACCGGCGGUCUCACCUCCGCACCAUCGUCCUCUCCGCUACCAUGGGACGACCCUGUCACCUUCUCACGCACCAUCUACAGCACCCUCAACAGGACCGACGAAUGUAAAGUUGGAGGUGAGGAACAGCAGGAGGAGAUUACAGUCAGUGCAGAAGAUCUACAGAAGAUUCUGAUACGAGGCUUCAGACACUGGAACUACACAGAACAUCACAAUCCUAACGUUUUCCCUCAGGUUCUUCAGAAAGCAUCUGAGUCCUACAGAAGCGUGGAUUCAUUCUACAGCAGCCUACACAGUGCUGUGUUCCUUAUUUGCCACAAUCUCAUGAACGCCUGGCAAAGCAGCAGAGAUUCCUGGGAAGUUUCUCUCCACACUGAUGUUAGAUUCAGAAGUUACCUGGAACAUGUCGCUGAGUCUAUAAAAGAGUGGACCACAUCAGAGGAGACCAAACUCCAAAACCUAACAGAAAUGAAGAGAGAGGAAGCACAGUCCCAGCCCUCCGGAACUGAAGGCCCCUCUGUGGAGUCUUCAGCUGAGGACAGAACAGAAUCAUACAUACGCCAAGAGUCUCUUAAAGCGUGGAAGCUGGAGCAGGACCGACUGAAGGAGGAAGAAACGUCCAAACUGAUGAUGAAGAAGGAUCAGGGAGGCAAGAGUUCCUCUAAAGCAGGACAGAGAACCACCUCGAUCAGAGAGAGCAGGAAGAGCCGAGAGGACGAGAAUAACACCCCACAUUCAGCUGAAGUGCUAAAGGAUGAGAGGACCAUCCAUCCACCUCCGGAGAACCCAAAUGUUAUAACUGGGUACAGUAUGGAUGGACGGUUGGUGAGAAUGAAAGGAGAGAAUCAGUAUCUUUAUCCAUCAGACGGAGGAGAAAUUCAUGUGGAGAGUGUUCACCAUGUACAAGGAUCCACGCAGUUGAAAGUGUGUGUGAGGAAAGACGGACAUCGUUUCUACACACACGUCACACGGCCGGAGAGCCCGAACAGCACCGCCUCAGACCAGCAAGGUGCGGGUGAGGGACGUGGUUUUCACGCCGUACUGAAGAAUGGAAUCAGACUCUCCUACACCAGACACCGACACCAACCCCUCAUACAGCAGGUACCAGGAUGUGAGGAUGUAGAUGAUGCUCCACUGAACCUGAACGUCUCUCUUCCCACCGGCCUCCAGAUUCACUUCAAACACCAACACACUGCAGACGGCUGGACGGUGUUGGUGCGUCAGCUCCUCCCCCCUGCUGCAGGCUCCUCCCUCCCCAACUCUGAAUCCUCACGUACCAUCACCAACCAGGGGGUCGUGAUCAAACACCUGAGAGACGGGUCCACUGAGGUGCUGUUUCCUGAUGGUACAGUGUGUGUAGGUUCCAAUUCUGAAACUGAAUCCAACACUUCAGCACAGGAGGAGGAAAUACACACUGAUACACACAACUCAGAUAACGGUGUGGAGGUGGAGGGGGCGGAGCCAGCACCAGAGGCGGGGCUUAGAGAGCAGGUGGUGGUGAGUGGAGGGUCGUGGUGCACCACCGCUCCAUCAGGAACCAGGAUCAGGACCAUCGGUGGAAUUCAGGUGGAGGAGAAACCCGUCCUCACCUACUGCAGCACCGACCCCCACUCCCACAGCCUGCUGAUCACGCGGGACGACCGGGUGCGCUGUGUGUUCCAGAGGGACGGGUCAGCCGUAGUGGACCAUGCAGACCGAACCAGAAUUACAAGCUCCUACCAGCAGAGGGCGGCACCAACACACCACAGCUCAGAGGGACAGGAGGAGGAGAAGAUGGUGACGGUGGAACAGAGCAGAUUCACCACAGUGAUGAUGAAGAGUGAGGAGAGGAGCUGUGAGCUUCUGAUCAGAGAUGGAACCACCAUCAGAACCUCAGCUCACGGAUCCUACCAGGUGCUCCCCUCUGACGGGGGCGUCCUCCUGAUCAGAGGAGACGGCGCGGCCGUGUACAGCUCUGAUGAUGAACCUGCUACAGGACCUGAAGGAAACCAGCCUGGUCAGUACACGAUGAGCCCCUCUGCAGACGUCGUGUGUAGCGUGACUGACUCAGGAGGGAAGAGAUACGAGGUGACGGCAGAGGGCGGGGUCACCGUCACGCCACCCGAAGAUCCACCGCCACGCCCCGAAACCGAGCCUCAGCACCCCACCGGUUUCAACACACACCCACCACGGUUGUUUGUUGUGUACCCUGAUGGUUCUGCUGUGGAGUUCCUCUCUGCUGGAUCAGUGGAGGAGGUUCUGGAGCAGGAGAACACUGAUCCAUCUACUGCAGUCAUCAGAGAACCAGUAACACACACACACGAAACGUUCACCACCACCAUCCUGAAACCUCUCAGUGGAGACCUGAUCUCCUCCCGCCUCUCACCCAGACACCUGGAUGACAUCACUCCCCCCCACCUGAGGUCCAGGAGGUGGGACACGUUCCCGGCCGCUGAGAUGACGACUCCGGGUCCUGGGUUCGGGCUCUCGCUGGGUCGAGGUCUACAGCUGAGGAACACCCCCACACCGUGCUGCGCCCCCGCUCCUCCGGUCCUGCAGAACCCCGACACCCUGCUGGUCCGCCGCCUCACCGAACACACACCGCUAACAACACAGCUGCACCAACAUCUGCAGGAGAAACUGCUGGUUUACAUUAACCAGCUCCUUCUUAAAGAGAAACUGAGAGAGGAGCUGAAGGUGAAGGAUCCUCGAUCACUGGAGGAGAAACAUCAGUCUGACCUCCUGAUGUCACGAGUUGAUCCUGUUUAUGAGGAUCCUGAAGAUCUGACGCCUCAGUCUGCUCUCUCCGUGUACUCUCAGACCAUAGAUGCAUCUCAGUGUCCAGAUUCUGACCCACAGGAUGAUGAAAGUGCUCAUGGACUGGAUUUACAGAAGCGAGAGUCUGAGUGGAGGAACCGAAUCCACCAGCACAGGUCGGACCUUCAGGAGGAGAAGAGACACCGCCACGCCCUCCGAAAUCACCUGGUGACUCCGUACUUCAGUCCAGAACUGAGUGAAAUGAAUCGCUACACACACCAGGACGUGGAUCUGGAGGCUCUUUCUCGAGACCUUCCACCGUUCUCCAGGAGAAGAAGGAACACCGGGGUUCAGACCGAGGUUCAGACCUCCAGCGCGUCUCCUCCUCACAAACACUCUGAGUAAAGAACCUGCAGAAACACUA